AGCCCACGGCCCAAGCCUGCCCCCCGCCCCCGCCCCGCCAGUCGGCGGCCCCUCCCGGGCCGCACGGAAGGGCUCCCUCCCGAGCCCGCGCUCCCGCCCCCGCCGCCGACGAGCGAUGCCCCGCCAGAGGCAGCGCGCCCCCUUGCGCGGGCUGGCGCUGCUGGCCGCCGCGGCGGGGCCGGCGGCCUUCGUGUGCACGGGCCCGAAGGGCGUGGGGCGGGCCCACGACGCCGGCCAGUCGCCGCGCGACCAGUCGGCGGUCCGUGUGCGCUUCUUCAAUUUCGAACCUCCGGGCCCGAGCCCUGAGGAGAUCGCCAGGAGAAAGGCCGAGGAGGAGGCCAAGAAGCGGAGCGAGCUGGUCCGGAAGUACGCGCCCAUCGCUGGGAUCAUCCUGGCUGGCGGGGCGGCCUUGCUGGGCGGCAAAAGCAUCACCUUGCCAGGCGCCCCCGCGGUCGCUCCAGGGCCGUCGAAGGUGGAGCAGGAGAUCAAAGCUGCGGACAGGUACAAGGAUGAGCAGGCGAAGAGGAGGCUGGAGUAUGAGGCAAAGAAAAAGGCCGACCUGCUCAAGAAGGGCGAAGACGCGAGGGCCCUGCGGAGGGCGGAGCUGGACAGACAGAAGAAGGGGGAGCGGGGCAAGAAGGCAGAGGAACAAGACAAGAAAGACGUGGUGGAGCGCCAGAAGAAAGAGGCCAUGGACGCAGAAGCCAAGAAAAAGGCUGAUGCUGAGGGCAAGACGAAGCGCGAGGCGGAGGAGAAGAAGCGGCGAGAGGAGGAGAGCAAGAGGAAGGAGGAGGAGCGCAAAAAGAAGGAGGCGGAGGAGAAGAAGAGGCGAAAGGAGGAGGAGAAGAAGAAGCGGGAGGAGGAGGGCGGCUUCCCGACGCUCCAGCUGCUCCUGGCCGGAGGCGG